AUGCUCCUCCCCUUCCUCCUAACCGCCCUCCUCCUCACCCCCUUCUACUGCAUCUACAAACCGCCAAGCCUCCUCAUCCGCUACCUCCAGCACCGCUGGCCCGACGUCCUCUUCCACGUCCCCACGACCAAGAAACUCGUCGCCUUGACCAUCGACGACGCCCCCUCCCAGUACACCGCAGACAUCCUGCACGAGCUGCACACCCACGGCGCGCACGCGACCUUCUUCGUCAUCGGCGCGCAGGUCCCCGGCCGCGAAGCCGUGCUCGCGGACCUCGUGCGCGCGCGCAACGAGCUCGCCAACCACGCGAUGCACGAUGAGCCGUCGCGCGCGCUCAGCGACGAGGUGCUAGCCGGCCAGCUGGCGGCUGUGCAGGCGCGUAUCCGCGCUGCGUACGAGGCGGCGGGCGUGCCUGAGCGGGAACCCGGGGUGGGAGCUGCGGCAGGGGAGAGAUAUUUUCGGCCCGGGUCCGGGUUUUUCAGCGCGAGCAUGAGGGAGUUGGUGCGUGCCUUGGGGUAUCGGCUUGUCUUGGGGAGUGUGUAUCCGCAUGACCCGCAGAUUCCGUAUUGGAGGGUCAACGCCGCGCAUGUUCUGGGGAUGGUCCGUCCGGGGAGUAUCAUUAUCUGCCAUGAUCGGAGAGAGUGGACGCUGCCGAUGCUGAGGAAGGUGUUGCCGGAGCUGAAGCGGAGGGGGUAUCGGGUUGUUACGCUUACGGAGUUGUUGAGGGAGGGUCAGGGAAUGGGUUCGUGA